AUGACACACGCAGUAGACGAAGAGACUCCCUUGUUGCACGUUCAAGAGCAAAAGCGGCGCAGGACCCCUUUGCCAUGGCGUCAGUUCAGUAUUAUACUUUUCCUACAACUGUCCGAACCCCUCACCUCCCAACUCAUAUCGCCUCUCGCUCCUCAGUUAAUCCGAGAUAUUGGCGUCACCCGUGGGGACGAAACCAAGGUCGGGUUCUACGUCGGACUCCUGCACUCCUUGUUCUUUGCUACGCAGGCUCUCACCGUCUUUCAUUGGAGCCGGGUAUCUGAUCACAUUGGUCGGAAGCCCGUCCUUCUGACGGGCCUUUUUGGUUUAUCCCUUUCGAUGUAUUGCUUUGGUUUAUCAAAGACUUUCGUUGGUCUGGUGCUGAGCCGUUCCAUUACUGGCGCUCUGAACGGUAAUAUUGGCGCCGCGAAGAGUAUGAUAGUGGAAAUCACCGAUGAGACGAACCUGGCACAGGCUUAUGCUUACACGCCAAUCGCUUGGUCGAGUGGCAGCACGCUAGGUCCCUUGAUUGGAGGCUUCUUCGUUCGCCCUGCCGAUCGUUUUCCCAACGUACUUGGGCACGUGAAAUUUUUGAGAGAAUACCCUUACUUCCUUGCAUGCGCAAUACCAGCGACUUUCACGGCGAUCGCUUGGAUAGUGACGUCUUUAUUCCUGAGAGAGACUCUACCAAAUAGCGUUUCCCUCAGACAACUGAUGCAAUCGAAAUUUUUCUCGCGAUGCUUUGAUAAGGCAGGUUUUGAAUCACCCAAGUCCUCCACUGGGAUGCUCACCGCCGGUGAAAACGACGAGAUUAAGCCGCUGCCUCUUCGCGCCCUUUUAAUUCCUCGGGUGUUAAUCACCGCAGGAAAUUAUGCUGCUUUGUCGACUAUUGAUAUUGCAUUCCGCGCGGUGCAACCAUUGUUCUAUGCAACCCCCAUUGAACUCGGUGGUCUUGGUCUCGAUCCACCUCAAAUCGGCAACAUACUUGCAGCUUAUGGCACCUUAAGCGGGCUCUUCCAGAUGUUUUUCUUUGCAAGCUUGCACGAUCGGUUUGGUUCCAAAGCCAUCUACACUGUUGCGGUGCUAUGUGGCAUUCCAUUUGUCCUGACGUGCCCGGUGAUCAAUGCCCUGGCGAGAGCAUAUGGGUUGAAUUGGGCAGUUUGGUGUGUGAUUGGUGUUCAGAUUGCAUGUUGUGUGCUUUUAAACCUUGGUUUUUCUUGCAUACUCAUCUAUAUUGCAGCUGCGUCUCCCAACCGCGGCUGCCUUGGUGCGACCAACGGACUCGCUCAGGUGUUGGUUUCAAUCAUGCGAAGCAUUGGACCUGCAUCUGCAACGUCGAUAUUCUCGCUCUCGAUCGAGACGCCAUCCCACGCGUGGUUCGUGUACUACUACCUCCUCGUCAUCGUCGUCAUCGGUAUUGGAGUGUCUCUCCUUCUACCCCGAAGGUUGUAG